AUGUGCGACGACGAUGUAGCAGCGCUCGUAGUGGACAAUGGGUCCGGAAUGUGCAAGGCCGGUUUCGCCGGUGACGACGCACCCCGCGCCGUCUUCCCAUCCAUCGUGGGCAGACCCCGCCACCAGGGUGUGAUGGUCGGUAUGGGUCAGAAGGACUCCUACGUCGGUGACGAGGCCCAGAGCAAGAGAGGUAUCCUGACCCUCAAAUACCCCAUUGAGCACGGUAUCAUCACCAACUGGGAUGACAUGGAGAAGAUCUGGCACCACACCUUCUACAACGAACUGCGUGUCGCCCCCGAGGAGCACCCAGUGCUGCUUACCGAGGCUCCCCUUAACCCCAAGGCCAACAGGGAAAAGAUGACCCAGAUCAUGUUUGAAACCUUCAACUCACCCGCCAUGUACGUCGCCAUCCAGGCUGUGCUCUCUCUGUACGCCUCUGGUCGUACCACCGGUAUCGUGCUUGACUCCGGAGAUGGUGUUUCCCACACCGUCCCCAUCUACGAGGGUUACGCUCUGCCCCACGCCAUCCUCCGUUUGGACUUGGCCGGUCGUGACUUGACCGACUACCUCAUGAAGAUCCUCACCGAGAGGGGUUACUCUUUCACCACCACCGCUGAGAGGGAAAUCGUCCGUGACAUCAAGGAGAAGCUGUGCUAUGUCGCCCUCGACUUCGAGCAGGAGAUGGCCACCGCUGCCGCCUCCACCUCCCUUGAGAAGUCCUACGAACUUCCCGACGGUCAGGUCAUCACCAUCGGAAACGAAAGAUUCCGUUGCCCAGAGGCUCUCUUCCAGCCUUCCUUCUUGGGUAUGGAAUCAUGCGGUAUCCACGAAACCGUAUACAACUCCAUCAUGAAGUGUGACGUUGACAUCCGUAAGGACUUGUACGCCAACACCGUUAUGUCCGGUGGUACCACCAUGUACCCUGGUAUCGCCGACAGGAUGCAGAAGGAAAUCACCGCCCUCGCACCCUCAACCAUCAAGAUCAAGAUCAUCGCUCCCCCAGAGAGGAAAUACUCCGUAUGGAUCGGUGGUUCCAUCUUGGCUUCCCUGUCCACCUUCCAACAGAUGUGGAUCUCCAAGGAGGAGUACGACGAGUCCGGCCCCGGAAUCGUCCACCGCAAGUGCUUCUAA